CGAUCAUCAGCCUCAUACCCCGCACGAGUGGCGAAGCACCAGGCGCGUCCGUUCGAUCGUGAGUCAGACAGGAACGGGGUAAACCUUUUGUUUCGAUGAGACAUAACAUGAUUGGAUCAGGCUGCUAGCCACGUCAGGAAUCGAGCUCCCAAGGCACCUAUCCUCAGGAGUGACAGAGAGCCGCAUGUAAACCGCGGGCUUAUUUGGCUGCUCGUCCGCUCGUCAACUGACUAUCUGCGCUUGUCUUUUCCACACCUCAUCUUGAACCUCACUUUCGUCUUUCAUCUGUUCGAUCGAUUGAUUUACAUCCGCUCAUGGCCUUAACAACCCUCCCCAACGAGCUACUCCUCGCCAUAACGAGUAACCUCACCGACGAGUCCGACCUAAACGCCCUAGUCCAGACCAGCCGCCGCCUCUACGAGACCCUCGACGAGGAACUCUACCGUUUAAAUGUAGAAGACGGCAACAGCGGCGCCCUUCUCUGGGCUUCGCUCCACGGCCACGAGGCCAGCGUGCGCAAACUUCUUCGUCUCAAAGCCGACGUGAACGCCUGCACCAAUAUGCGCGGGACGACACUGCCUGCAGCCAUCUCCGUCGAGAAUGCCUCCAUCGUCACACGAAACCUCCAGCAGGAGAUCACCAAGGGUCGCGCACGUCUCAUCGCUUCGCCGCUCCUCUACGCUGCCGCGAUGAACCACACGGCUAUCAUGCGCUUGCUCAUUGACGCCGGCGCGGAGGUCCACCGGCGACAUGGCUGCCACCGUAUCCCCAUCAUGGCUGCCGCUGACCAGGGCCGCGUCGAUGCCCUGGAGAUGCUCCUCGAUGCGGGUGCUGAUGUCGAGGCUCACGGUGCGAACUGCAAUACUCCGCUUAGUCUGGCUGCGUCAAAGGGCCACCUCGCUGUUGUGAAGACCCUCCUCGCCCGCGGUGCCAACAUCGACACUGCCCGCCGCGGCCGCACGCCCUUGAUGCGCGCCGCGCAGAUCGGCCACUACGAUACCGUGCGCGCGCUUCUCGACGCCGGCGCCGAUUUCGCCCCGCACGACCACAGCGAACGCACGGCCCUGAUGGCCGCCGCCCAAUCCGGCCACUACGACACCGUGUGCGCGCUCCUCGACGCCGGCGCCGACCCCACCGAGAAGGACUUCACUAACCGCACGGCCAUCACCUUGGCCAUGGACGGCGACCACGACAACAUCGCAGUCGUCUUACUCGAGGACGGCGGGGCGGACCCCAACUCCCCCAGCGGGAACGGCACCACCGCGCUGUUCGCAGCCGUAUACAAAGGCAAAGCCUCAACGGUCGACAUCCUCCUGCAACACGGCGCCGACCCGAACCAGCCGCGCACACCGCGAGGCAAGACGCCCCUGACCCAGGCGUUGCACGCAGCCGACACGCCGAUCGUGCGGCGUCUCCUCGAAAGCGGCGCCACCUCGCGCCCGGCAAACCUCCGCACGGCCCUGCGCGGAGCGGCCCUAUCGUGGGGCUCAACCGAGGGGGAGACCUUCGAGAUUGCCCGCCUGCUGAUCGACCACGGCGCAGACCCAACGCGAGACCUCUACGACGGCGGCAGCCGGCUCCUCCUCGCGGUAGCAGCCAAGGGCGACGCUGACUUCCUGUCCGCGUUGCUCGCGCGCUGGCCGCUCGACGUCAACUGCAGCACCCGCAACGGCAGAACGCCGCUGUUUUUCGCGGUCAUGCAGGGGAAUCUCGAGAUGGCGCGCUUGCUGCUUGCGCGUGGUGCGGACCCCAAUCGUGUCAAGGACGGACAGUCGCUGGUGCGGUGGGCGAAGGAGCGCGAUGGUGCUGAUGGUGCGUCCUUGGUGCAGUUGUUGGUGGAGCAUGGGGGGCGGUGCGACGGGCUUGGAGGAUUGGACCAGGUCGAGCUGAUGAUUGAGGCGCAGGAGUCGAUCUUGUCGGGAAUGGCCGAGAUGGGGUUGUAGCUGUUUCUUAGGGGGUGAUGUUGAUUAUUAGUGUGAUGACUGUUAUGAGCGAUACCACAGACUGUUUGAUAGAGCGAAGAAGCU